UGGGUUUGUAAUAUCCUCGGUUUUUCUCGUUCUUUUUCUCCCAUUUUUGCUGGAAAUGGAGUGCAUCUUCUGCUCGGCAAAUCUCUCUUCUCGCCCUGCUAGCAUUCAGAAUCAUCAGGGGUCUAGUUCAUUGUAUAAGAGUGGAAGUUAUUCAAAGACAGUGAAUUACAAGGUGUUUUCUCCUCAUAGAGUGGGCAGUGCUUUUAACUCUGGAGGAUUGCCUUUUGUAUCAAAAGGAUCAUAUAAAGAGACUAUUGUUGCUGAAUCUACUCGUCAAAGAUGGGAUUUUGGUAGAUUUGUUAAGACAUUGUAUUUCUUUAAUGGGCCUCCAAAUCCUUUUAAGUUCAUUGAAUCUCUGAUAGAGAAGUUGUCGAGUCCAGCAGCAAGUGAGAUUUCGAAGGAAAUGGCAACUUCUGAUGUAGUCUUGGUUGCCGGGGCCACUGGUGGUGUUGGGCGAAGAGUGGUUAAUAUCUUGCGCAACAAAGGCAGUCGGGUUCGAGUACUGGUUAGGAACAAAGAGAAAGCACUGAAAAUGUUUGGACCAGACAUUGACAUGAUUGUUGGAGAUGUUACCAAGGAGAAUACACUUGAUCCUGAAUACUUCAAAGGAAUUAAGAAAGUCAUCAAUGCAGUCUCCGUUAUUGUAGGUCCACGGGAAGGCGAUACUCCUGACAGGGCCAAGUAUUCACAAGGAAUCAAAUUUUUUGAACCUGAGAUAAAAGGAGAUUCACCUGAAAAGGUGGAUUACAUUGGAAUGAAAAAUUUGAUAAAUGCUGUGAAGAAUAGUACUGGUCAGCUUGAUGGGAAGUUGCUAUUUGGUUUUAGCGGGAACUUCACGGGGAAGCUAGUAUGGGGUUCUUUGGAUGAUGUUGUGAUGGGGGGUGUUAGUGAAAGUACAUUUCAGAUUGACCCUACUGGCAGUGAGAAUGGUGGACCUACAGGGUUGUUCAAAGGUUUUGUUUCAACUGCAAAUAGUGGAGGCUUUACCAGUAUCAGGACAAGGAACUUUGCAGUACCUGAGGACCUUUCUGCAUAUGAUGGCAUUGAGCUGAGAGUCAAAGGUGAUGGUCGUCGUUACAAGCUUAUCAUAAGACUUAGUGCUGACUGGGAUACAUUGGGAUACACAGCUAGCUUUGACACCACUCAGGAGCAGUGGCAGUCAAUAAAGAUCCCAUUUUCUUCAUUGAGGCCAGUAUUUCGAGCUCGUACAGUAGCUGAUGCUCCACCAUUUGAUCCAAGCAAAAUUUUCUCACUUCAGCUUAUGUACAGCAAGUUUGAAUAUGAUGGCAAACUCAACCCAACUUUUGUAGAAGGUGAAUUCCAGCUUCCAUUGUCAAGUAUACGAGCUUACAUAAAAGAGCCAAUCACACCAAGGUUUGUACAUGUGAGUGCUGCAGGCGUUACUCGACCUGAUAGACCAGGACUUGAUUUAAGCAAGCAACCUCCUGCUGUACGAUUGAACAAAGAACUAGGCUUUAUUCUCACAUACAAGCUAAAGGGUGAGGAUUUACUACGGGAAAGUGGUAUUCCAUACACAAUUGUUAGACCUUGUGCACUAACAGAGGAACCUGCUGGGGCUGAUCUCAUAUUUGAUCAAGGAGACAACAUUACGGGUAAAAUUUCAAGGGAAGAGGUUGCGCUUAUUUGCAUUGCAGCUUUGGAGAGUCCAUAUCCAUGUCAAAAGACCUUUGAGGUUAAAAGUACUAUCCCAUUUAGUGAGCCAUUCACUGUUGAUCCUUCCAACCCACCUCCUCAGAAGGAUUAUAAUGUCUACUUCCAGACUUUGAAAACAGGUAUAACAGGGAAAGAGGCCUUGGAAGACAGCCCUGUUCCAGUUUGAACCAAAAUUGCACUCCAAAUAUAUAUAUAUAUUUGUUUAUUUGUCAUAAUGAGAAGGUGAAUGUUGAUAUUUAUAAGCAAUGUGUAACUAAUGAUGAAUCAAUCAGUAAAUUAUAUGGUCUUGCUAGUGUUGUAUUGCUCCAAGGUGCCAGAAGUGUUAAUUGAGCUAA